UUCAGACAGCACGUGUGUCAGGAAAAUUGUCAACUUGCUUUGUAUUGAUUUUUUGACACAACUUAACCUACAAUAAAUUUUUAACUUAUUCUAUUUUAAAUUGCAAUUUUUAUUUAUCUAUAUAUUAUUUUAAAAUGUGCACAGAUUUGUCGAGAGUUUUGUCUAUUCAGAGUCAUGUAGUGUCAGGAUAUGUUGGAAAUAAAAGUGCCACUUUUCCUCUGCAAGUAUUAGGAUUUGAAGUGGAUACUAUCAAUUCCGUGCAGUUUUCUAAUCAUACUGGAUAUAAACAUGUACGAGGGCAAGUUCUAACGGACAAGGAAUUAGGAGAGCUGGCAGAAGGGUUAGCAUUGAAUGGUAUCAAUGUCUACAGUCACUUAUUAACGGGUUAUGUAGCUAAUCCAGAUUUUCUUAAAACAAUUGCAAACGUCGUUAAGGAAUUGAGAGAAAAAAAUCCAAAAUUGACAUACGUUUGCGAUCCAGUGUUAGGUGAUAAUGGAAAAAUGUAUGUUCCAGAAUCAUUAUUACCAAUUUAUAGAGAAUUAAUUAUUCCAUUGGCUGAUAUUGUUACUCCAAAUCAAUUUGAGGUGGAGUUGCUCACUGGUUGCAAAAUUCAUAACAUUGACGAUGCAUGGAAAUGCACAGAAUGGUUUCAUAGCCGUCAUGUGCAUACAGUUGUUGUUUCAAGCAGCGAUCUAGGGGAUAAAGACAUUAUACUUAUGUUGGGCAGUCAAAAUGAAGAUGGGAAAAGAACACGAGUGGUACUGAAGAUUCCUAAAAUUAAUGCCUCAUUUACAGGAGUAGGAGAUUUAUUUGCAGCAUUAUUUUUGGCACAUUCACAAAAAACAAGAGAUUUCAAACUAUCCCUCGAAAAGUCAGCUGGCACUCUUCAGGCAGUACUAAAACGAACUCUAGAAUAUUCAAACUUAGCUGGAGGUGAUACUUCCAACAUGAAAUAUAUUGAGCUAAAAUUAAUCCAAAGUAAAAAAGAUAUAGAAGAUCCACAAUUAUGCUGUAAAGCUGAGGUAGUAUCUUGAUAUGUGAAGUUCUUGAACAUAAUUGUGUUCUUAAAAAUAUGAAAAUUUGUGUAUUUAUAUUUAAAGUCAACUUAUUUUCUAAAAAUUACGAUAGCUUAUAAUUAUGUGUUAUGUGAAUAUGAUUAUCAAUUGUUAAAUCAAUGUAUUCUUUAUAUGUUACUAUUAUAUAUUAUUAAAUUAAUAUAUUUUUUUAUCUGCU